CUUUCGGAAAUGAUUUGAUUUGUCUACUACUUCGCUCCUUUGUUCUGUUUUAUUUUGUCUCGUUCGCACUUAGUACGCAUAAAUAAUUCCAAACAUCGAUUUAUUGUUGAAGGCAUCUCUCCUUUUAUUGCAAUCUGAUUUAUCUUUGCAGACCAUUUUAUGAAAUGAAUUUGGUGUGGAUUUUUUUAAUUACUUUAUUGAAACAUUCCUGUGCAGAUGAACUCGUAAGCAGUACAGAAGGUAUAAAUGAUACUUUAAUUUACGAAAAAUGGAUGGCAAUGGAUGCGAAAUUGAAAAGUUCGGUUUCUUCUGCAAUGAGCUACUUCUUCCCAUUCUCCAUCAAGUUAGCUGCUAAUGUGAACGUGUCUUCGGUUUGCGCCAAGCAAGGACUACAGUUGAUCAAUGGAAUAAACCGGCUGGAAGUGUGGGCUUUGUCUUUUGCAGAUGCCAGUGGGAAAAUUGUGGACGGCCUACUUAGUUCAUCAUCAGGCGCUUUGGGAGAUUACAGUCAGUGUCUCAAUAGUGCAUCAUCUGGAAAAAAAGAAGGUGGAUUUCAGGGACAGUACUGCAUGCUGAGUAUCAAACCUCCGCUGCCUGCCCCGAAGAAAGAAUACUUCAGAAGCGGCAUCAAAGAGCUGAAGAACUACACUAGAUCAGCCUCGGAAAUGAUCCGCUCCCUCGCGUCCAAAGCUCAAAACUUCUACGUGGCUUCUCUCCUGCUGGGGGUUUGCGUCCCUUCUGGCUGCUCGACUGAUGACAUUGACAGCGUGGCUAAAUAUGCUUUUUCAGAGGCUUAUCUCGAUGCACAUAUUGAGUACUGCGAAACAAAAAUAUGGAUGCCCCUCGAAACGAGAAGCAUCAUUGCGAUAACCGUCUACACUACUUUAGGUCUAUUAAUGCUGAUAGGAACUAUGUCAGAUCUGCUCCUUCAAGAAAAGAAAUUUCCCCUCAAAGGCAAAGCCGCGAGAAUGGUUGUUGCCUUUUCUUUCCCGAAGAACACGAGGGAGCUGCUGAGGGCGGAAACAUCGAGCGACAGCAUCCCCUGCCUGCACGGACUCCGGUUCCUGACGCUGACUUGGAUCAUUUCGUCUCACACCACUUUCUUCAUCGUGAGGAUGCACCAGAUGCAUCAAAAUUUCGACGAAAUCAUUGAAUCGUUUAAAGGAUUUGGGAUGCAGAUCAUAGUCAACUUUUUAUUCUCCGUCGAAACCUUUUUUCUUCUCGGGGGUCUCUUGAACUGCUAUGCUUGUGUGAAGGACGAACAGAAGAAAAAAUCUCGAAGUUUGUUUUAUAGUAUCAAACACAGAUUGUGGAGGAUUUUGCCCGCAUACGCCGCUAUUUUGGUUUGUGUCUUUUUAAUACGCAGACUGAUGUCGGGACCGGCAGCUGGUUCAGAUGUCGGACAUUUUUUAGACAGUACUUGCAAAGUCGCAUGGUGGCAGAAUUUUUUAUUCAUCAACAACUACACAGACUUUGAAAACACGUGCUUGCCUCAUUCAUGGUAUUUGUCUGCUGAAAUGCAACUUUUUUUGAUUGCGUGCGUCACUAUUAGGAUACUAUUAAGAUAUCCGACGAUGGGUCUAAUAUUGAAUUUCUCAAUGAUGUUGAUUUCAGCUGCUUAUAGUAUCUAUUGGACUGCAGUGCACGGAAAUCACGCCACCCUUCUUUUAACGUACAUUGACCCAAAACAAUUUAAUCUGCAUUUGCACUGGUACAAUCAAUCGAUGGUUCACGCUGGGUCCUAUUUUCUGGGGGUUUUAGUAGGUUACGUCUUGGCUAAAAAGAAAGAAGUUAAGAUCUCAAAGGUUCCUCUGUUCCUUGGAUGGUUGCUCGCUACGUUUAUGGCUACAUGGGUCGUUUUUGCUUCAAAAAAAUGGAACGAGGGAACCGAGCCGACCCAGCUGGAAGAUCUAUUCUAUGCUGGAUUUUCGAAAACCGCUUUUUCUCUCUCAGUAGCUUGGGUUGUCACUUGUUGCGCCAGAGGAUACGGAGGUAUUAUAAAUAGGUUCCUAUCCUGGAGGGUGUGGAUUCCGCUGAGCAGGCUCGCCUUUUGCAUGUACCUCGUCUCCCCAAUCGUUCAGCUGUUGAGCAUCGGCUCCUCGAAAACCGUCAGAGAUUCGACCCCUAAGGAAUGGGUUUGGCGAUUCUUUGGCGAUUAUUUUGUUUCCGCAUUUCUCGCUUUCCUGUUUUUUGUUCUAGUGGAAAAUCCUUUUAUAACUAUUGAAAGGAUAUUUAAUGAAAAGGAUAAAAGUGAGAUGAAGGUCGAGCAAAAGAAUGCGACAGAGAAUGGUGACCAAAUACAAAACAAUUCUCAAUUGGAAGUAAGAAGAAUAAAUAAUGUGAUAACUGUAAGCGCUCUUUGAUGGAAAAAGAAUAAUAAAGUAAA